GUCGAGUCGCCCGCACGUAUGGCGCGCUAUGGAACGCGCGGGCAAAUUUCGAUUUUUUUUAAGCAUAAAUAUUAUUGAAUAUACAAGUUUUCGGUACACAUACAAGUCAAUUAUGUAAACAUAUCAUUAAACAUAAGCGAUAGAUGAAUAACGAAAAUGACACGGGAAUGGAUGAACACUUUCUACGAGUGCCAAGAAUGGGGGUGAUCCUAUCGAUGCUUGGACUAUGGGGGCUGCGGUGUCCGGUGCUGGGACUGUGGGGGUCGCGGAGUCCGAUGGAAGGACUGUGGGGGUCGCGGAGUUCGAUACGGGGACUGUGGAGGUUGUGGGGACUGUGGGGAGUGGGGCUGGGGCUGAUGAUGCUGGCGGUGGUGGAGGGGAGCGAGUUUCCUGAGCGGGAGUGCUGUGAUCCUGUGUAUCCACCGAAUACAGCGACCACGGCGGCGGCGCCGGUCACCCAUCCUGUCAGCAAGGUUUCAGGUCCAGGGCUGAAGGGCACGAUGACGAUUCUGAACUGCCUGAUGGCGCGGCAGCUGUGCUUCGAGGAUGCCUCCUGCUCCGCCAUCCUCGAGAUCAUACCGCGCGUCUGUGGAUCUGAACUUGUUGCCUGCUCGACCGUGACCGUGACGAAAUGCCAAGCCGCCCUCCGCACUCUCCAAGCGUUCCCGUUCUUCAAGCCGACCUGCCUCUGUCGCGAGCCGAACGUCGAUCCUGAAUGUAACUCCUUCCGAGACUUCCUCUUCGACCAUCCCUGCGUCUUCGUCAUGAAGAAAGAGAAAGACCCGUAUCCCGUGGAAACCCUGCCGACAUGCACCUACGCGCUGAGCGUGUGCCACAACGAGAAAGCCUGCUCCGUGCUGUUCGACCGGUUCAAGAACGCCUGCAAGGUCCGCGACGGAGAGUGCCGUAUGGAGGACAGGGAGUCCUGCCGCGAGGCCUGGGCCGGGCUGCGCCUGUCCCCGCUGUUCGGCUGCAUCUGCCCCAACACCCACAUGAAGAAACGCUGCGACCGCAUCUUCGCCGUCGUCAACCAUAACCCCUGCGUCGUAAAGCUGAUGUCCGACGGCCGGACGAAUCGGACCGCGUCGGGUGCGACGUCCUGGAUCGGCGGUAUGUCAAUAGCGCAGGACGUGAACCUUAUUGCCCCGGACAAAAUUAUGGGCCACGUGCACCGAUACUCGAGCCCGCACUUCAACCCCCGCGGCCAUCAUUAUCACCGCUGGAGCCCGGACCCCGGCAGCGAGGAUCCCCAGUACGCCACCAAAACCGUCUACGGCCCCGGAUACAUUGAUGACCACCAGAGGAUUGGGAAAGAGAGUAAGGCAGGUCAUGAGAAGGUGGCGCUGCAGUCGACUUGCCACGUAGCUUUGGACUCGUGCAUCAAGAACGGGGACUGCAUGGCUUCGCUGACGCCGGUGCUGCAGCGGUGCCACGCGACCGAGUGCGACAGAGAGGGGUGUAUGGCGGCGCUCAGAGGGUUCUACCGGAAGCCCAACGUGCCAUGGAAUACGGAGAUCGCGUUCUGUUUGUGCAAGAAAACGGACAACAAGGAAGACUCGUGUAUGAACGCUCAGGAGCGGCUUCAUCCGUCGUGCGCCCAGCGCCCACCGGUGGGCUCCCAGCUGCCCGCCUGCCACACUCUCGCCCACGCCUGCCGAGAGGAACCCGAGUGCAGGAUUCGUCUGGAGAACUACGAGCAAUGGUGCGCCGUGGACGCUGUCACCCAGGGCUGCGCGGGCUCCCCCGCCGCGUGUAGGGCUGCCGUGGUGGCUGUACUGGGAACCCAGCUGCGAGCAGCCUGCGCCUGUCGAGGGACAGACUUCGCCCAGCUGUACGACUGCCUCGGCUGGCAGAGGCUGCUGUGGCUGAAUCCUUGUGUCGUGGAAUCCCAAAGCGACUACCAUAUCAAGACGUACGGUGCCCUGCUCACCACGACGCCGUUUGACACCGGCGUGAGAUACAUCACCACCGCGCCUGAAGUCCGCACCACCCACCACCGGCACACCACGCAGCACGGGACCUCGGUUGACGUUAGCCAUGAGAAUCAAGAACUGAGCCCCAUCACCACUAUGUCCGAGCAGACCGUCGAGCCGAACGAAGUAGCGCAGAUCCUGGAACCGAUCGUCGAAGCGACACCCGAGACGACGGUCCCGACUACUACGACGACGACGACGACGACGACGACAACCACGACGACUACGACGACGACAACGCCCCGUCCGACGACAACCAUGGAGCCGACGAAGUAUUGCAUCGUCAAGAAACCGGAGAGCGACGAUCAGGCGCAGUACAUCAAAAUGGGGGAGACUCGACGACUGUACCGUUCAGCCGAGCUAGCCGAGUGUACGGAUCUAUGCGUAUGCGAGGCGGCACUGCAGGUGUCAUGCAAGGUGGCGUGCGUGCCCCGCGCUCCUUGCUCCUCCCGCCUGGCGCAUUACUCCCACGCGGCUCCCGCAUACCAGGCGUAUAGAGGACGGUGCUACUGUUACUCCGGCUCGUUUAUAUGCAUGCGACCUAACCCUGGGGAAUACAAGCUCCCCGAAGGUGUGUACUUGCUGCUCGGGUUCAGCGCGGUGGAUGAGGCUCUACUGAGGCCGCAUACCGGUCUUGGGGCAGAGGACGUGGUGCGGCUACUGCAGCAGUACCUGACUACUGUUGAUCGCGGAGACAACAACUGCACUCUGACUCUGUUCAACAUCAGUAACGAGAACGUGAUAAUAUCCGCCAGCGUGCCGCCCAAGGAGCAGGAGGCGCUCAAGGAGGCGGGAGAGGGGUUGCUAGAUAAAGAAAAGGAGGCCUGCAUCGACGUCCUAAAGAUCGUGAAGAGCCGCAUCAACUCCCAGCACGAGGACAUCUCGUCGCACCUGCUGCUCUCUAUCCUCAAGAUCGCGGAGGUGGAUGUGGUGUACCCCAGCCCGCCCAGCUCCGCUAUCGCCGCCCACAGACCCCACACCCCACUCUACAUCAUAAUACUUAUUUUUACACUGAUCUAUCAUUUCGAUACCUUUAUAUCUGUGGGCUCGCUCCUCGGAGAUUUGGUCAAUUUUUUGUCGAAUUUAAUCUAUAGAUGUAGCACUUUAGACGUUCCUUUCGCAGAUAAUAUAAGAUAUUUUGGAUCUAUUUUGAGAUGUUACGAAGAAUUUAUCGUAGUUGUAAAUCACGACGCACUCGCUUUAGAUACCGCACGAGACACCGGAGAUAUUACAUUAGACGUAAGAGACGUAGGUGUAAAUAUAUAUAAAGAAACGAAACAUAUCAUAAAUGCUGUGAGUAUUACAAUAUGUAAUUAUUUAAAUGGACUCGUUGCUAAUGCGAUACUUAAAUAUUUUUCUAGAGAUGUGUAUUACAAGAGUACUAUUGAUUCAGAGAAGCUUUUUCGUGAGUUACGUUUUGGAAAAAUCGCGUCCUCUUCUUAUGGGAUUGUAAAAUCCGUUAGCUUAGGACUAACUCUAGUAGUAGUAUGAAGACUGAGACGA